AUGCCAGUGAUGCCCAGCGACGAGAACCUGCCACCACCAGCAGCGGGUGCAGCACCUCCGCAGCACAUUCAAUUGCUAACACCACCGUAUAUUCCGCCACCACAGAAUGCUCCGACGAUGCAGUCGUAUCCGGAAGUAUGUUCGCUCAAACUCCCUGGAUUCUGGAUGAACGCACCCGACAGUUGGUUCAUCCAGGCGGAGGCGCAGUUCGACCUUACGUACAUUCGGUCGGAAAACACCAAGUACGCCCAUCUUCUUGCGUCCUUAACUCCCGACGCGUUGGAUAAAGUUAUAGAUGUCAUCCGCUCGCCACCGGAGGAAAAUCGGUACACCAGUUUAAAACAUGCACUGAUGACCAGACUCUCGGCCAGCGAAGAACAACGCAUAGGGAAGCUGCUGUACAACGCAGAAAUAGGGGACUCUAGCCCAUCAGAGUUCCAUCGCCGAAUGACGCAACUAGCAGGAUCGUCGACCGAUGUAUCGGAAAGCACAUUGGAGAUGCACAAUCUCUUGGUAUCGUCGACUACCAGCAAGCUGUUCGACAUCUUUGAAUCAUCGCGGAAAGACAUGGACACUUCACUCAUCAUGAAAAAGUCCGCUAUACGCAAUUUCGUGUUGGAAAAUGGUGGAACUCUCCAUUCAGUGGAGUUUGAAAAAACACACCUCAGCUCGAUACUGUUCGGGAAAAAUUGUACUCUAGCGCAUCUAAGGAUCAAACACAGCAAACUGUCCCAUCUGCCCAAUUCCAUACAAGAACUCAAAAAUUUGAACACGCUUACAAUCAGGCACUCGCUAAUUCAAGCGAUCAAUUUGAACGUUAUUGCCAAGUUACCAAAGUUGUCGAUGCUAGAUCUGACCAGAAACAGAAUACACUCGCUGUACUUUACGGCAGAGAAUGCUUCGUUUCCGACGCUGGCUUAUGUGUUCUUACGGGAAAACAAACUAAGAAGCAUCAACAUGGACAUAUUUAAUGCAAUGAACUCUCUAGGAUAUAUUGAACUGUCGCACAACCGCAUAAGUGCUGUGUCGGGAUCAUUAGUGUCUAGUGCAUUGGAAAAUAUCGAUCUGUCGUUUAACAGAAUACUUAAGAUAGACAAUUGUGUGUUGGAACGCUGUUCUGUUGUGACAUUUUUCAUAGAACUAACUCGUUGCAGUGUUUUCCUGUGGUCAACACUUUUCCAAACAUGCACGGCACUAAGUUUUAGUUGUGACGCUGACUUUGCAUGUACAAUACGGAAUUGGAACCCGAGUGAGGAAGGAACGUUUGUCUUAGAUCACAUCCCGAACGAACAUGGAGCAUUGGAGAUUCAUAAUCUUUUGAUAUCGUCAACUACCAGCAAGCUGUUCGACAUCUUUGAAUCAUCGCGGAAAGACAUGUACACUUCACUCAUCAUGAAAAAGUCCCCUAUACGCAAUUUCGUGUUGGAGAAUGGUGGAACUUUCUAUUCAGUGGAGUUUGAAAACACACACCUUAGCUCGAUACGUGUUUUCCUGUGGUCAACACUUUUCCAAACAUGCACGGCACUAAGUUUUAGUUGUGACGCUGACUUUGCAUGUACAAUACGGAAUUGGAACCCGAGUGAGGAAGGAACGUUUGUCUUAGAUCACAUCCCGAACGAACAUGGAGCAUUGGAGAUUCAUAAUCUUUUGAUAUCGUCAACUACCAGCAAGCUGUUCGACAUCUUUGAAUCAUCGCGGAAAGACAUGUACACUUCACUCAUCAUGAAAAAGUCCCCUAUACGCAAUUUCGUGUUGGAGAAUGGUGGAACUUUCUAUUCAGUGGAGUUUGAAAACACACACCUUAGCUCGAUACUGUUCGGGAAAAAUUGUACUCUAGCGCAACUAAGGAUCAAACACAGCAAACUGUCCCAUUUGCCCAACUCCAUACAAGAACUCAAAGAUCUGAACUGGCUCACAAUAAGUCACUCGCUAAUUCAAGCGAUCAAUUUGAACGUUAUUGCCAAGUUACCAAAGUUGACGAUGCUAGAUCUGACCAGAAACAGAAUACACUCCUUGUACUGUACGGUGGAGAGUGCUUCGUUUCCGACGCUGGCUGAAGUGUUCUUACGGGAAAACAAACUGAGAAGCAUCAACAUGGACAUAUUCAACGCGAUGAAGUAUCUCGAAAAUAUCGAUCUAUCACACAAUCUCAUGAGUGUAAUGACGGGAUCAUUAGUGUCCAGCAGUAUGAAAUUACUCGAUCUGUCGUUUAACAGACUACUCAAGAUAGACUGUUGCAAGUGGAACGUUCCAAAUUUAUAUAAUCUUAUAGCACACGAUAAUCUCUUUCUCUCACUGCCAAGGUGUAUAGAACAGACAUUAGUGAAUGUUUCUCACUUAGAUUUUGACAACAAUCAAUUCGGCUUGGAUGUGUUAUUCGUAUUCGGACAUUUUAAGAACUUACAGACUCUGUCCUUAAAAAACAACAAACUAACGCACUUCGUGCUGAACGAGACUACUAUCCCAAUGAAAAUGACUGUUUUAAAUUUAGGUAUCAACAAAUUAAGACGCUUGGAAAUACCGUAUGUUCCCAACAAGAACAUCUACAUAGACGUCUCCUUGAACUGCAUCAGCAAUGUAGAUUGGGAACAAAUUUCCAAAAAUCUCACGAAGCUGGAUAUGGCGGGAAAUCCAUUGGAUUGCAGUUUUGGUGACACAUAUGGCUAUGAAAUUAGAGCAAAUCUGUCUUGCAUAGUAAAUAAAAACCAGCUUUGCGCUAGAAGUUAA